AUGGCGUUCAGGCGGCACUUCUCUCGCGUCGGCUCCGCCGAGCGCUGCACAGAGACCAUCUUCACUGACCACCAACGACAGGUGUGCGACUACGCGCUCGUCUACGCGGAGAAGAAGAACGACGGCGAAGCGCCGUACUCGGUCUCCUUCACCGCGACGCAGAGCGGCGACGUCAUCGUACAGCUGCACCCGCACUCGCAGCUCGAGCGCGCCGGCCGCGGUGCCAGGGGCCGUGCCGAUGCUGGACCCCGUCUCGUUGACAAGAACGCGCUGUCCGCGCGCGGCAGCGGGCCCUCGCGCCAGUCGCGCUCGCCGUCGCCCGACUCUCCGCCCGCCAAGCGGGCCGCCUCCGCUGACUCGUCCGGCUAUGAAACUGAUACGCCGGACGAGGUGCAGCAGGAGGCGGUCCGCAGGGUAUGCGGCGCGCUCGGCAUGAGGGAGCAGUUCGAGGCGGCGAUGGCGGCGGGCGAGCUGCUCGAGAUGCUCGAGAGCUUGCCGCGAGGGGCGGUCGAGGCCUCUGUCCGACAGAUGCGGGGUUACAACCGCACGGGCGAGUGGCCAGAGCCCAUUCUCACCAGCCCUGCCCCGCAGCGCGGCCGCUCGCCAAGCCCCGUCGAUGAGUGGUCAGAUGGCACCCGUGGAAAGAAGAUAACGCGAGCGCUCAACGGAGCUGGGAAUAGGACCGCCGCAAGCGGCGUGGCGUGGGGCGGCUCGACGCCGCGCUCGCUGUGGGGCUGCCACAAAGUCGCCGCCGAACGUGCCACCGAAGGCGUCCCGUCGGAGGUGAUGGAGUUUGAGACCUGA